UCCGUGUGUUUCAGGAUUUCACACUCUCCAAGUGAUGUACGGCUGUGAGCUCCGGGGUGACGGCUCCACCGGGGGGUAUUUUCAGUAUGCAUACGAUGGGCGAGACUUCAUCAGCCUGGAUAAGGACCAGGAGACCUGGGUGGCGGCAGAUGACGGGGCUCGGAUCACCAAACAGAAAUGGGAUAAAGAGAGGAGCAUCGCUCAGAGACAGAAAACCUACCUGGAGGGGACCUGCAUCGAGUGGCUGGGGAAGUACCUGGAGUACGGGAAGGAGACGCUGCAGAGGAGAGAGCCACCGCGGGUGCAGGUGAGCGACCGGCCGAGCCGGGACGGGCUCACCACCCUCUCCUGCCGGGUCCACGGCUUCUACCCGCGGAGCGUGGCCGUCGUGUGGCUGAAGAAGGGGGUGGCCGUGCCGCAGGAGACAAUCCAAUGGGGGGUGGUUCCCAGCGGGGACGGGACCUACCAGACCCGGGCCACCAUCGAGAUCGACCCCAGCAGUGAGACCGAUUAUACCUGCUGCGUGGAGCACCCCAGCCUGGCGGAGGAUCUGAGAGUGCCCUGGGGUAAGGGGGGACUGGCCUGGGAUGGGCAGAAGAAGUUUUUGGGAGGGUUAUGAAAUGGUUUUUUUCUUAAUUACUAUUAUUAUUAAGACUUUAUUAAUAUGACUUUAUUUUGUAUCAAAUGAACAAACAGAACUUCAUGAGUAAAGUUUUAUGAAUGAAACAGCGUUCAUUCAUAAAACCAGCUAUUGCAAUAACCGGCUAAAUGGCAAUAAAGCCGCUCGUUAAGUCCCUGCAGUUCCUGCUUAUUGGGAAAGUCCACAGAUGUUCGGUUCAAUUACUGUCCGCUUGCAGUUUCAGUUCAAUUGCUGCUUGGAUCGCUGGUCCUUGCUGUUCGGGUCACUGUCUUAACAUUGUAACCCCCGUUCACUGUUUGCCUCCCAACAUUGUAAAUUGUUCAUGACACUUCUUUUGAUCAGGCUCCAUAUUGUAACUCAAACUCCAUUUUUAAAUGCUCACUCCACUUUGCAAACCCUGCUGUAACCUUAUUAACUUAGUUCAGGUGUGUGAAUGAGGGAUG